AUGCCAGGAUUUGCGGACCAAGCCAUCCCACUUUAUGGAAACUAUCAUGGGUAUUACUCUAAGCGUCCGUUCGUCCGAGAUCCACGACUGGCUUUGCUCCCUGCUGAAUUCUUCGUGGGCAAGCGAGUUCUGGAUAUUGGAUGCAAUGAAGGCUGGGUGACGUGUGAGAUAGUUCAGAAACCAGGACAGUUCAAAGGAGCACGUCAGGUCGUUGGAGUCGAUAUUGACGAUACUCUUAUCAGAGCUGCCUGGAAAAGAAGGCGCACCGUAUGGAGUCUUCAGUCUCCUGAGUAUGGAAAUAGCUUUGAGGAAAGUUGCCCUCCGCACAAGCGACAACGACUCCUCGGUGAUGCGUCCACUACGGACGAUCAUAGUACUCACAAUUAUUUCCCUGCAUCGUGCGAACAUAGUUAUGGCCCAUUGCCCAUACCAGAUAGAGGAUGCGGUGCUUUCCCUCACAACGUCACCUUUCGGACAGUUGAUUGGGUGAAGGAUAAGAUUUCGGAAGACGACAAUCAAUACGACAUUAUUCUAGGGUUCUCGGUCUCUAAAUGGAUUCAUCUAAAUCACAAAGAUGAAGGAUUGAGAGAAUUUUUUUGCCGAGUUCACCAAUGUCUAAAAUUAGGGGGUGUUUUCGUCCUUGAGCCACAACCUUGGGACACUUACUCAAAGGCUCGACGGAUGAGCGAGACUCUCAAAGAGAACGCAAAAUAUCUACAACUCCGUCCAGAUGGCUUUGGGAAACUAUUGGAGGAGCUCGGAUUUAGCCACGGUCAGCGUGUUGGAGUAACUGGCCGAGGCGGUUUCCGUCGCCCUGUUGAUCUGUACUUGAAGCAACGAUAG